UUAUCGGUAAACACCAUGCAAAACAAAACAAGUUAAUAUUAAAUAUCCAGCACAAAGUUCAAUGUUUUUAAAGUCUACGCGAGAUAUUGGAUCACCAUAGCGAUAAGAACUAGUGCUUUGUAGACUGAUCACAGACACAGACGCGACGCCCGUGAGAUGGCUGCGAUUAAGAACAUCGCGUACGGCAUACUGUACGGGCUGUGGGACAGCAUACGUGGCAUGACCCUCGUCCUGCACAUUGACAACGAGGUGAAUCGCCAAAAUGCAGAGCAGGAAAUGCGACAAAUGCGCAGAACGGAUAAGGAUCGCUAUGAGCGGGCGCGUAGGUCGCCAUCGCCUGUGCCCAGCUCUGCGGCGGCCAUGAUUCGCGAGGAGUACGCCAAGCGGGCCGAGGAGAACUCCGAUGAGCGGAGUCUGCAGAAGAUCCUAAACCAGAAACCCGCCGCCGAGAAGGAGAAACAGCCGCAGGGCGAGAAGAAGAUUGCCAAGAAGCUCUUCAAAUGCUGCAUGCUCAACGGCGGCUUCACCUGGCUGAGCAUCGAGCUCUUCGAGUCGGCGCUGCUGCCCACGCUGAAGUUCUGCCUGACCAUCUUCUAUGGCGACCAGUCGGAGACACUGCCCGUGGUUUGGGCCUGGCUGCAUCCGAUACUGUCGCUGCUCUUUGGCAUGAUGUGGGUGCUGCCCAUAUUUAUGCUCUCGAAGAUUGUCAGCUCGCUGUGGUUCGCGGACAUUGCCAAUGCGGCGUAUCGCGUGCGUAAGGGUCGGCCACAGCUGAUACCGGGCAUCAGCAAACUGGUGGCCGAUUUCCUCUUCAGCAUGGUCGUGCAGAUGCUGUUCCUGGUGCAGAGUAUGCUGGUGAAUCUGGUGCCGGUGAAGUAUGUUGGCUCCUCGCUCUGCUUUGUGCACCUGUGCCUGCUGUAUUCGCUGUACUCGUUUGAGUACAAGUGGUUCAACAUGGGAUGGGAGCUGCAUCGACGCCUCACCUACAUUGAGAAGAACUGGCCGUACUUUUUCGGCUUUGGCAUACCGCUGACAGUGCUCACGAAUCUGUCCAAUUCGGUGAUUGUAAGCAGCUGCAUCUUCUCCAUAUUUUUCCCCCUCUUCAUACUCAGUGGCAACGAGGCCCAGCCCAUGGUGGACACCACUGAGAUCUCGCUGCGUCUCUUCUCGCCGGUCGUCUUCAUAUCGAACCUCUGCUUCGGCGGCAAUCCGUGGAGCAAGGCCAACCGGCUCAGUGCCAUGCAGCGUCAGCAGUACGAACUGCAGCAGCGCCAGCGCCUACUCCAGCGCGAGGAGCAGCUGCUGAAGCAGCGCAAGCAGCAGUACAUGGAACAGCAGCGCAUGCAAAUGCGUCGCGAAAGGUCGCACUCGCGUUCGCAAACGCCGCAAUUGGCGCCGGGCACGGGGCCACCGUAUAGAUACGCCCAGGCGCCGGUGUUUGAUGCCGCCCGAGUGCGAGACUCCUCCGCCUCGUCGACGCACAGCUCGACAUCGCCGAGCAUCAGCAGCUACCGCCCUCCGCCGUACUAUAGCAGUUCGCUGCGCGGCGCCACACCGCUGGUGCCCACACCCGUGCCUGGUGCACCCCAAGCACCGCUUACCCCGCCCGUCAUUCGACAGGAGACGGGGCCAGAUGACUGGAAUUUGUGAGAUUUAUGCAUAUACAACUCCUAGGCUUAUAGGCUUUAUAUACAUUAUAUAUUAAUUAAUUGGAUCGAUGUGCGUGAGUGUCGUCUUUGUGGACUGUGUCGUGUAAGUGUAAUAACUAUAACUAAAUAUAUAACUAGGGUCUAUGAAUAAUGACAAAUGUUCGCUAGUCGACGCCGCGGGCCCAUCCCUUCGACUGGGGGCAUCACUAUAUCUAUAUAGCUAUGUAAAUGCGGUUCGCUGCAAACUGCUGCAUAAUUUGUUUAGAUUUCGAUUUUUAUUUUUAGGUCGCGUUUUCGCUUUGAUAAUUUCUUGUAGGGCGCACUCUACAAACAAAUUACUUUCGUUUAUUUUUAAUUAUCAAUCAAAACUAAAAAAUAAAAACAUUUUGUACUUUUG